CCGAGUUCUCAUUUCUCACAGUUGGAGGGUUUUCAAGUUUCAGCCAAACCCCGAUCAUCGUCUUCCUUUUUCCCCAACCCCACUGUAAUUUUUUUCUCCUUCGAACUCUGAUUUUGCAUUACUUUCCAAUUUGAUCGAAUAUUCCUUCCGCAAUGAGACACCACUACUCUCGUCUCAUUUCACAAACCCUCCCCCGCCUCCGCAAACCCAUCACUACACCCAAUCCCCAAAUCGAAACCCCAUUAAGAAACCCUAAUUUGAUCCGAAACUUCUCCGCUUCAGCUCAGGAAUCCAAGCCCGCCACAUCCGAACGAGUAUCUGGAAUCGCUGAAGAAAUCUCCGGUCUCACUUUGCUCGAAAUCUCGGAUUUAACCGAAGUUCUGAGGAAGAAAAUGGGGAUUGAGCAAAUGCCUAUAAUGGCUGUUAUGAUGCCUGGUAUGGGCUUUGCUCCGGGAAUGGCCGGUAAAGGCGGCGGCGGCGCCGGUGCGGCGAAAGAAGAGGAGAAGAAGGAGAAGACUGCUUUCGAUUUGAAGCUCGAAGGUGGUUUCGAUGCAGCUUCGAAGAUUAAGAUUAUUAAGGAAGUGAGAGCGUGUACCGAUCUAGGGUUGAAGGAGGCUAAGGAUUUGGUGGAGAAAGCUCCGACUUUGUUGAAGAAAGGGGUGACAAAGGAUGAAGCGGAGAAGAUCAUCGGAAAAAUGAAGGAGAUCGGAGCCAAAGUGAUCAUGGAGUGAGCUACUUUUGCAUCAACAGCAAUCAUAGAGCAUCUGGGCUAUAAUUUAUAUGCAGAUCCCGUUUGGUGAUGUAACACAACACGAGACGUUCGAAGAGCAAAGAAGACUAUUAUGGGCUUUUUGGUGAUGCAGAGAAUUUUGCAGAAUCUGCUUUUUUACAUAUUCAAUAAUUAAUGUAGAGUCGCAUUCGACCUGUAAAAACUCGGUACAUGAACUGCUUCAUGUAACAUAUAUCAGCUCUUUUCGGUACAUGAACUGCUUCGUCGGGUUAUUUUAUUUGUUUGUUUUUAUUUUUAUUUUUAUUUUGUAGUGCAAGAGCAUCUUGAUAGCAUUGUGAGUUUAUCAUAUGCAAAUGCAAUACAAGAAGCUUCCAAUUUGUGCCAA